AUGGGGAAGUUUGUUAAGUGUUUGGGAGUGUUGGGAUUCAUGGCAAUGGCAGUGCUUAUGAUUGUUGGGAUUGUGGAGGCUAGAAUGCUUGAGAAGGAGGCAUUUCUUGGUGGUGGAUUAGGUGGUGGUGGUGGUGCUGGAGGAGGUCUUGGUGGUGGUGGCGGUGCUGGUGCCGGAGGAGGGUUUGGAGGUGGUAAUGGAGCUGGAGGAGGAGUUGGGGUUGGUGCCGGAGCAGGUGGUGGUGGAGGAUUUGGCGGCGGAGCUGGCGGUGGUGGUGGAUUAUAG